CGGCGGCGGGCGGAGCCGGCGUGCGGGCGCGGCCCCGUCUCCCUGCGGCUCUCGGUGGUGCGGCGGCCCGGCCGGCAAGGCCCCCCCGCAGCCCCGGGCAUGGGAGCCCGCGGGCCGGCGGCCGGGGCUGGAGGAGGAAGAGGAGAAAGAGGAAGAGAAGGAGGCGGCGGCGGGGGCCGCUGACCGGCGCCGGGGCGGCGCGGCAGCCCCGAGGCCGCGGAUCGAGACCGUGGCUGGAGCCGCCCCCCUGCCCCGCUAAGCGCACAUGUCCGCCUGCCCGUGCCCAGAAGAUGACCAGGCUGCUCUUGGGGGUGACCCUGGAAAGGAUUUGCAAGGCCGUGCUGCUGCUCUGCCUGCUCCACUUCGUUAUCAUCAUGAUCCUCUACUUCGACGUCUACGCGCAGCACCUGGACUUCUUCAGCCGCUUCAAUGCCAGGAAUGCCUCGCGCGCACACCCCUUCUCCAACUCCUCCCGCCCCAACGGCACCGUCCCCAGCUACGGGCCGGCAGGGGCUGAGGCCCCGUCCCCCAGCGCUAAGCCCAGCACCAACCACUCCGCCACUGAGAAACCCUUGCAGCCCUGCCAGGAGACACCUCCCGGCUUAGUUGGGCGCCUGCUCAUUGAGUUCAGCUCUCCCAUGAGCAUGGAGCGGGUGCAGCGGGAGAACCCCGAUGUGCGCCUGGGUGGCAAGUACACCCCCCCGGACUGCCUGCCCCGGCAGAAGGUGGCCAUCCUCAUCCCAUUCCGGCACCGCGAGCACCACCUCAAGUACUGGCUGCACUACCUGCACCCCAUCCUGCGCCGGCAGAAGGUGGCUUAUGGCAUCUACAUCAUCAACCAGUUCGGCGAGGACACCUUCAACCGGGCCAAGCUGCUGAACGUGGGCUUCCUGGAGGCACUCAAGGAUGACGAGGAGUACGAUUGCUUCAUUUUCAGCGACGUGGACCUCAUCCCCAUGGAUGACCGUAACCUCUAUCGCUGCUACGAGCAGCCGCGGCACUUUGCUGUUGGCAUGGACAAGUUUGGGUUCAGGCUGCCCUACGCUGGCUACUUUGGUGGCGUCUCUGGCCUGAGCAAGUCCCAGUUCCUGAAGAUCAAUGGCUUUCCCAAUGAGUAUUGGGGCUGGGGAGGAGAAGAUGAUGACAUCUUUAACCGCAUCUCCCUGAAUGGCAUGAAGGUGUCAAGGCCCGACAUCCGCAUUGGGAGGUACCGCAUGAUCAAGCAUGAACGGGACAAACACAACGAGCCCAACCCGCAGAGAUUCACCAAGAUCCAGAACACCAAAAUGACGAUGAAGCGGGAUGGGAUCAGCUCACUGCAGUACCGGCUGGUGGAGGUCUCACGCCAGCCCAUGUACACCAAUAUCACAGUGGAGAUCGGCAGGCCACCGCCCCGCCUGGCCCGGGGCUAGUGCUUGUGCCACCGGCAGAGUCACAGGGACCCGGCUCUGUGUCCGGGCUGGCUGGGCAAGGUGGGUUUUGCCCCGGCUUGAGAGCCAGGACUGGACAGGGAUGUUUUCUCCCUACUCUGCUGCCUUCUGGAGACGGCUGCCUCCCAGCUGGCCCCUCGCUCCCCAGGAUUUCUCUGUCCCCCCUGUCCCCACGAGUGUGUUUGCAGGACCCCCACCCCAUACUCACUGUGUUGGUGGACGAGAUUGGUCACCCCUGGCACAGGGGGAGGGGGCAGCCCCAGCACUGGUGAGGAGCCCCCUGCCUAUGCCAGCUCCUGCCUGCACACUGGGCUAGAGGGCGAGAUCCCGCUGCUCUGGGAAUGCAGGAGGGGUCCCCACCAGCACUGCGAGAAGUGGGGUGCAGGCUUCCCCCUUCGGCAGCGCUGGAGCCGCUGCUGCCCCAGCCAGGGGUGGGAGCAGCCCAGGCCCCCCUGAGCAGGCAGGAUCAGGGUGAGGUUGCUGCCCUGUUGGGCACGCAGACAUGGCUCGCUGUCUUCCUCUGCUUUAGUCUGGUGCUUAGAGCUGGGCCCUGUCUCCGCUCUGCCAAACAGAGACCUCUGGUUAGCGAA